UAGCUGUAUUUGAGGCAUAUAUGCAAAAACCACAGGAUCAUGCAUUUGCAGCUUAAAAGAAAAGCCUUGCUAUGCUGAGUACCAGGUUUUGUAAACCACAUCACACGAUAUGAAGUAACACUUUGAUAUUGUCGACUCCCAAGCCAAAAUAUGUCCCUUCCUAAGCGGUACUGUAGCAGUGAUUGUCAGGUUAUUCUUUUUUGCUAUGCGGGACUAGAUAUCACGAGAGUGUGGGUAGGCUUGCACAUGGUGUCUUUUUUUAGUAUGUCACAGAGCACUAUAAGUCAAGCACUGCACUUUGUGUGUACUACUAAUGUAAAUGUUGUGGUAUGUAUAAUAUGUUCAAAUCCUAAUGACACCAGCAAUAUACUUAAACUAUCUUAUUUUUCGUAGGUAAAUGUAAUUAAUAGCAGAAUAUAUACUUUUAAUGACUUUUUUGCUAACUUUAGAAUGAUAUUUCCAACAAUUCUGGUCUUCUACAUGACAAUCUCCAUUCUAAUUGUGGAAUUAAUCGUUCUGGUUUCGUUUAUGGAUCGGCCAACGCUGUUCUGUGGUUCUCCUGACCUAAUAGAGAGUCUACAAUCGUCAACAGAUUUCUGUAAAAUUAAUGGCAUAAUAGAGACAUAUGCCAUCAUUCAUCUCGCUCUGUGGUGGAUAUUCAACAUCUGUGCAAUAUUCUGGAAAGUGCAGUUUCCAUUUCACUCCAGAUAUUAUGACCAGACUAAUAAAACCAGAUAUGUUCACAUCGCAUGCUUGGUUGCAGCCAUUAUACUCCCUGUCUACGCUCCUCUUGCCAUUGCCCUCAAUGGAGGAUUCGUGAUCACCAGAUUUCCUCCUACCGGUUGCCUUGGAAGGGAUGUUGAUGCAAUCUUCUACACUGUUAUAGCUCCAACUACAGUCAUACUCUCAAUUGGAACAACCUUGUUGCUUUUGAUACUCUGGAGAAUAAGACAGCACAUGCGCAGUCAUAUCUUCGCAGGUCAACAAACAAAGUGCUGUUAAGUCCAGCAGAGCGAAAAAUUUUAGUGGUUUUUCUGUACUACCUUUUCUUUGGAGUAGUUCAACUUUCAACAUUCUCCCUCAGUAUUAAAGAUAUUGAUCAAAAUAUCAGGGCCCUAGGUAGUUAUUUCCAGUGUCAACGAUCUGGUGUCGAUCAGUCCUGCUCUCUAGAUGCAAAGAUUUAUCAACUAUUGGGCACUUUUUUCUUUAUUGUCCUUCUUCUCCUUCCCGUCAUUAACUUGUACUUCGCUAUAAAACUCAGGAGUGUUUACUUUCUGUUCAAUUUUUGUAAAAAUUAUAGACUGACUCUGUUUCACAGCAACACUGCUUCUACCUCUGUAUCAUCAUAACUUAACAGUAAUUAUUGGAACACUGAUUCAAAAGUCUUUUUAAAAGUUGUCUUUGUUGUUAAGAAUUAUGUUUACUAUGUCAGUCUUGCAAGUAAAAGACACCCAAACAAUAGGCAUGCAUAUGCCAAGUUUACA